UAUGCAGGCCACGCCCCGGUACGGUCGCCAUGCCCAACAGAGGAAAGCGACCCAAGUUCCAGGCCCACGACACCUCCUUCGGCCGAGUGACCGAAAUGGAUUACGCCAACACGGAUCCGCCGGUCGUGAGGUCUGGAAGAGUCAAGAAAGCCGUAGCCAACGCUGUUCAGCAGGAAGUAAAAUCUCUUUGUGGCUUGGAAGCCUCUCAGGUUCCUGCAGAGGAAGCUCUUUCUGGGGCUGGUGAGCCCUGUGACAUCAUCGACAGCAGUGAUGAGAUGGAUGCCCAGGAGGAAAGCAUCCGUGAGAGAACUGUCUCCAGAAAAAAGAAAAGCAAGAGGCACAAAGAAGAACUGGACGGGGCUGGAGGAGAGGAGUAUCCCAUGGAUAUUUGGCUGUUGCUGGCCUCCUAUAUCCGUCUUGAGGACGUUGUGAAAUUUUCUCUGAUUUGUAAGAAUGCUUGGACUGUCAUUUGCACUGCUGCCUUUUGGAUCAGGUUGUACCGAAGGCACUACACGCUGGAUGCUUCCCUGCCUUUGCGUCUGAGACCAGAGUCAAUGGAGAAGCUGCGCUGUCUCCGGGCUUGUGUGAUCCGAUCUCUGUACCAUAUAUGUAUGAGCCAUUUCCUGCUCCAAUCUCCAAGAAUCCAGCCAUUGCAGAAAGCACCCCCAGCACAUAAAAGAAUUCCAAAUGCUUACUUUUCUGGUGCAGAAAGAUUGUUGGCAAAAGACAGGAACCAAUGUGGAAAUUCAACUUCAAGUUAAAAAAACAGUCCCCUAGGUUAAAGAGCAAGUGUACAGGAGGAUUGCAGCCUCCCGUUCAGUACGAAGAUGUUCAUACUAAUCCAUACUAGGACUGCUGCCUACUGCAGGUCACCACCCUCAAUUUCAUCUUUAUUCCGAUUGUCAUGGGAAUGAUAUUCACUCUGUUUACUAUCAAUGUGAGCACGGACAUAUGGCAUUAUCGAGUGAGACUGGUGUUCCAAGAUUCCCCUGUCCGUGGUGGUCGGAAACUGCACAGUGAACAGGAUGCACAAGUCAUCCUGGAUCCAGUGCACAGCUUUUGACUCUGAUUGGUGGCACCCUCAGUACCCAUUCUCCCUGAGGUCAUAGUUACUGCUUCCCAUCCCUUGAGGGCAGCCCCGAUUCUCGUCCAUUAGUAAUCAGAUUCCUGUUUGGACAGGGCGGCUGGAUUGUAUAUUUGGUUAGUAAUGUACAUGCUCUUCAGGCUCUAGGGCUCCUGUUAGGGGAGGGAGAAAUGUU